AUCCAAAUCUAGACCCUAGCUAACUCCCAAAUCAAACAUCCCCAUUGAAAAAUCUAAUAUUGUUCUUGGAAAAUCUCUUGAAAUUUUUCUCUUCCACUUGCCCCAAUUUCGGAACUUCAAAAAACCCAAAAACCCUUGAUAGAAAAACCCCAAAUCUAAAAAAGGAAAAUCUCACCCCAAGCCUUAUUCCUUAUUUGAUCCUAUCCCCUCAAAACCCUAAAUAAUUUUUUUAGGAUAUUGUAUUUUUUUUUCGCAGUUCCUUAAUGUAUUGAUCACUUAUUCUGUUGUGUUAUUUGUUGGAUCGAGUUUGGUCCCGCAAUGUCGGAUGAUAUGUUGUUACAUUUCUCUUCUAAUUCCUCAAACCAAUCGGACAAUUCUUUGCCUACCAAGAUGGCUAAGCUUGAAGCUCGCUUAGUAGGCAAGGUUUCUUCAGCCACUGGUUCUCAGCAACCGCCGCAAACUCAACAACUACAGCAACAGCAACAGCAACAGCCGGUUUGGUCUUCUCUAUCGUCGGCUUCGAAAUUCGUUUCUGCUGAGGACUUGUCGGAGGCUUCUAGUUCAAGUGAUUCCGAUGAUGAGAAUGGAGGAGAGUUUUUAAUACAAGCCAACACAUUGAAGCGCCAGAAAAUUCAAGGAGAUGGUAACUUGCCAGUUUUUGAGCAUGUUGAGGCGGCUACUGAAGGGACGCAAAAGAUUGUGGAGCCUAUGGAGUCCAAGGCAAGUUCCGAAGGAAAUAGGAGAAAACAAGGCCGUGGAAGGGGUCACUCUGUUUCAAGCAGAGGCCGUGGUUCUAGAGCUAAUGAUCAGACAAAACAAACGUCUAGUUCGACUGUAACACCUUCAAAUGGUCAACUUGAGAACUCUUUCCACAAGGAUAGUAGGCCUAAAGAGCAGUUCUGGACUGAUCAGCGCACUUCAUUGGAGGAAGAGGUAACAUCUUUACGUGCAAAAGUUGCAGCCUUGGAGGAGGACCUACGGAAAUGUCGUCAGGAAGUCUCUGACUAUCAAAAUCUUUGUCGGCAACUAGAGAAGGAAUUGAAAGAUAUUAAAGAUUAUGACCAGCAAAUGAAGCCAAAGAGAACAAAAAUGAUAUCUGAUCUGUUGAUAGCUGUUUCAAAAGCUGAGAGACAAGAAGCUAGGAUGAAAGUACGGCAGGAUUCCUUGAGACUCGGAAAUGUGGGAGUAAUCAGAGCUGGAACAGUCAUAUCUGAGACUUGGGAGGAUGGUCAAGCACUGAAAGAUCUAAAUGCUCAUCUUAGACAAUUGUUGGAAGCUAAGGAGGCCGUUGAACGACAGAGGAAACAAUUGAAGAAGCGUCAGUCUGACAAGGGUGAUGCUAGUGAUGCAGAAUCUAGUGCACAAGAAGAAGAUGUCCUAAUCCAGGAUGAGAUAUACAAGUCACGUCUAGCCUCUAUAAAACGUGAGGAGGAAAGUCUUCUCCGUGAAAGAGAUCGCUGUGAACUAGAUAAGGGAAGGCUUAUACGUGAAAUGAAGCGCAUUCGGGAUGAGGAUGGUUCCCGUUUUAACAAUUUUCAAAUACUGAAUAAUAGAUACGCCCUUUUAAAUCUUCUUGGCAAAGGAGGAUUCAGUGAAGUUUAUAAGGGUUAUGACUUGGUAGAACAUAGAUACGUUGCAUGUAAGCUUCAUGGUCUGAAUGCUCAGUGGAGUGAGGAUAAGAAGCAAAGUUACAUACGGCAUGCAAUUCGAGAGUACAACAUUCACAAGACAUUGGUGCACCAUCACAUUGUUCGGCUUUGGGACAUUUUUGAGAUUGACCAGAAUACUUUCUGCACCGUCUUAGAGUACUGUAGCGGAAAAGACCUCGAUGCUGUUUUGAAAGCAACACCAGUAUUGCCUGAGAAAGAAGCUAGGAUAAUCAUAGUUCAAAUAUUCCAAGGCCUUGUAUACUUGAACAAAAGAGCACAGAAGAUUAUUCAUUAUGAUCUGAAGCCUGGCAAUGUUCUCUUUGAUGAGUUAGGUGUAGCAAAAGUGACUGAUUUUGGUCUUAGCAAAAUAGUAGAGGAUGAUGUUGGAUCCCAGGGUAUGGAACUUACAUCCCAGGGAGCUGGAACAUAUUGGUACUUGCCCCCGGAAUGCUUUGAGCUCAGUAGAACGCCUCUUAUUUCAUCGAAGGUGGAUGUUUGGUCAGCUGGUGUUCUACUUUACCAAAUGCUUUUUGGUAAACGCCCCUUUGGGCAUGACCAAACGCAAGAACGAAUAUUGCGUGAAGACACAAUUAUCAAAGCUCGUAAAGUUGAAUUCCCAUCAAGGCCGACGGUCUCCAAUGAGGCAAAGGAUUUGAUACGUCGAUGUCUAACAUAUAAUCAAGCAGAAAGGCCGGAUGUUUUGACGAUCGCACAGGAUCCGUAUCUGACAUACUCGAAGAAGUAAGAAGAAUGUACAAGAUAUAGAGAGAGAGCCAAAGGGUACUGAAAAAGAGCAGGGUAUGGUAUUAAGAGAAUUUGCUUCCAAUUCUUUUGCGAUAAACCACAUGGAAUUUUGUAUAGUUUUGUGAUUAUAUAUAUAACCCUGCUUCUCUGCUUGUAUUAACCUCAAUAUUUUAGUCCAUCUUUUUAAGUGUUUUUCUUUUUUUUAAAAAAUCAAAAUAUUUUUUGAUCCA